ACAUCAUAAUUCUUGUGUACAUGGUGUGUCUACUGAGUGAGGUCAAUUUACACCGAUGCAUAGUUGACACUAUUGCUAUUUCUGGUGGUAUGUUGCAUAGUUGACUAUUGAUAUUUCUGGUGGUAUAUAUUAUGUUCUACGGAUCAGUCUUGUAUUUGACAAGGAUAAUCGUUAGUGUGUGUCAUUUUUUUGGAACGGGAACUAUCAUAAAAAUCAAACAGCUCCUGCACGGUAAUAAUUGUCUGCCAAUACAGUGUGUGCUUAUUUGAUCUGCCUCCAGAUUCGAACUUAACUCCAUAAAGGCUGUAAAUAGCCUGGACAACCCCAAUCUUUAGUUGAGAAGAGUUCAGAUUACGAAUGUUUCGCCGUCUUGCAACGUCGACAUAUUCCCAUCCCUUUCUUAUACUAACUACUUUUGAUCUGUGACGCCUUCAUCGAAAUGGCGUCUUCGGAAAUCGAGAAAGAGAAAGAAAUUUCGUAUUUGCGGCAAGAGAUCCUAACCUACACCCCUGGGACUGCAUCCCCGGGUGAGGAUGAGAGGGUGGCCUGUCUCUAUCCGAGAAAACUUAUCAUCUACAUGAUUGACGUCAUCACUGAUGGUGCCUCAGAUACUGUCCUGGCAAACCUAAGAUCUGCACUUCUUGUUGAUGAGCCUGUAGGUGAAAGCCUCAAGGAACCAUUUAAUGAAGAAGAUCGUGAAAUACGUCUUACUGAGUUUAUAUCAGUCAUUAUACAUCAUCAUGUUACAGGAGAAGCUGUUGACCAACUGCAAGUGAAAGCGCUUUCUGCGGUAGUUGGAUGCUUCCUUGUCGCAAUAGGAGAAUCAGGUGUGGCACUUUCUCAGUUUCUAAUGUCUGAUUGGAUAUCACCAAUAUCUGACAUCACAGGCCGGCCUCCUAUUAUCUUAAUGAUAUGUGACCUGGGAAAACAGCAUGCCGACUGGACGAGAGGGCAGCUUAGAGAUAUUGGGAUCAUCGAUAUAUUUGAAAUGCCAUUUCCUGGAAACCUGUCUCUCGAGGAAGAUUUGGAACUCCUCAGAAUGCUUCAAAGGUGCCUGGUCGAGAGUGACGAAGGGGUAAAGAUAAGGUUUGCCAAGACCAUGGAGGAAAUGUGCAGAGAUCCGGCAUUUCGAAGGAUUUACGAGCAAGCAUUGGAAGGUAGCAAGAGGGCCAAACAGUUGGAGAAAGUCAUAGAGCAAGAACGAGAGAGAAGCAAAGAUAUGGAGGAUCUUAAGGAAAGACGUGAAGAGGAGAUACGAACCAGGGAGAGGGACUGGCAGAAGAAACUGGACGACAGAGAUGGCGAUAUCAAGGCUUUGUCAGACAUUGUCCAAAUGACAUGGGGGAGGAAUGAGACUGGUCUCGAGGCUGUUCAGCAGCAGGUUGAACAACUAAAGGAAGAGAGAGAAGCAAACAGAGCACGCCACCAGGAAGGCAAACUCGCCAUGGAAACAGAAUGGAAGGUCGAAAGAGAUGCACUAGAAGAGCGUAUACAUGCUCUGACUGACGCAGUCAAAAAGGCGGAUCAAACGGAGGAGAAACUCAGAAAAGAGGUUGAGGAGGUAAAGAACGAGAGUGACGAAUUGAGGAUAAAACAUGAUGACGAGAAGGUUGCUUUGGAAGCAAAGUUGAAGUACGAAGAAGAAUCUAAGGAGGAAGCGAUGAAACAGGCGAUCAAAGACAAAGAGUUUACUGAAGAGGCAACGCGACAGAAACUUAACGCGCUCUUGACCGAACGGGAGGAAGAAAAGGCGGCCCAUCUCAAGGAGAAACGUUUAUUAAAACGACGGGUGAAGAAAGAAGAAACACGCAUAGAACAAUUGGAGCGGGAAACCCAGAAACUGAGGAAUAAGAUUCAAAUUGAAAGUGAGAUGCGAUCCAUGGAACAGCAAAGAGCAUCAGAGAGAUCUGGCUUUUCAAGUUUCGCCAUCCGGUUGAUUUCAGGAUCACAGAUGGAUCUAACUAGAGGUACUCAUGUCGGGGAUAAGCAAGGAUUUGUGCAUCUAGCAGCAGAUUCAACACACUCAUUAGGCAUGUUAGGGACGAAGUCACCACCAGCUCGUGACGAGUUUACGGACAUCCUAAAGCAGAUAGCAGACGAUCUUUUCGAUGAAGCCAUGAUUGACAGCCUUGGCGGUCAGCUGGGAAUCAUCCAGGGAGACAUUGAGAGAGCCAUCAAAACCAACAUGAGAUUUCACAAGAUUACGAGUGAUGGGACGUACGAGAUGCUGAAGGAGUGGAAAAAGGGCGUGUCCGGGGAAGAUGAACGGAUUGAACUUAGGAGGGCGCUGGUGGCUGCUAAGCUAGUCGACAUGGCUGAUCGAUAUCUGCCACAAGAAGUGGAAGCAGCCUUGGAAACCCCCGACCUUAUAAACAAGAAUAGGGAGAAAGACACCAACAUAGAAUGUGAGGAGGAUGGAGAGGUUCCGAAAGAGGGCAUCAGCAAAGGUAAGGAAAGGGCUAACCAGUCUUAUGAUAAAAACGAAAUCAAACAAUUAGAGACGGUUGAAUCCGAUCAAAACGAAGACGUAGACUCUGACGUAUCUGACGAUGUCGCUAAACAGCAAGAGCUAGAGCGAAGGGCAUUGAUGUUUGUUCAAAAAGAUGGCAAUACCAAUGGUUUGGAAAUGCGGAAAGCUGGAGUAAAUUUUAACAUUGGUAACAUCGAAGGAACUGACAACCCUCCAUCUGAUGCAUCGAUCGUUACUGAGAUUCAUGAGACACAGCUGGUAGAAGAUACGAGUGGAGAUGGUGCGCAUGACAUCAUAAUACCAGAUACAGAGUUAAAACAUGGGAGCAGAAGGGAAACGGGGCAGUUUGGAGAACGGUUGGGGGUAGGAAUGAAGAGUGAACCAUUUUUUAGAUGGAGGCUGAACAAUAGUUCGGAUCCGGUCAAAUUCUCUUGUAUUUGCUGUUAAUAAUUGUAAUCUUAGGAUUUUUUACUUAACCCUAUCUAGACCGGGGAGGGGGGGGGGGGUGCUCCGGGGCCCUCCCCCUCAACUAUUUGCACAAGAUUUUCGCUGCAGGAAUUUUUUUGACCGCAUCGGUCGCUCGCGGACUUUUUACUUUCAAGUCUUGCGCAUCUUUUGAGACCAAAUUUUUAACGCCCGUUUACGCGGUUCCGAAAUUACGCCACUUUAUUUUGUAAGUGCAUGUCUAACGAAAUUGCUCAAAAACAUGACUUUUGUGUACAAAGUAAAUGUGUUUUUGACCCCCCCCCAAAAAAAAAAUCAUAAGUGUAUGGCUAUAUUUAGUUUUGCUGAUCUAAAUAAAUUAAAUUUAUGCUGCAUAUGAUCUCAAAAGUGUCCCCGACAAAGUUCAUCGAAAAAAAACAAUGAAAAACAGAAGGUCCCCAAAACAAAGAAAUACACAGGAAAUUGCAAAACAAUAUAUUUCAUAACAAGUCUAUGUGAUAUCGCAUUUUUUAAUGUACAUUUGUUAAGAACACCAUUAAAGUUUCUACGCCAAAAAAUAGUACAUUUGGAGCUUUAUCUAGGGAUCGAGUUACAGGAAAAAGUAUGAUUUUUCAUACUAAUUACGCAUGAAUUAACGUACUCAAUAGCAAUUUUCAUGAUAUAAAUUUCAUACAAUUUCUUAGGUUUUGUCCAAACAACACGCGUGAAAAUUUCCGGCGUAAUCGACGGCCGAGAUCCAAAGACCAUAAUGAUCUCCCAAAAUACCCCGGCCUAGAUAGGAUUAAACAUCUUAUAUUUUGUAUCACCAACUCCUGAAUAUUUGUAUCUUACAGUAAUUUUUGUUUGUCUAUACUAAUAGUCAGUUGGGAAGUGAGUGAAAUUUUUAGGGGGUCAGACAUGGUGUUUGGGGCAAAAUUUAUAAGCUGAGAGCGAGCGAAUUCUCCGAGCAAGUAAAUAUUCUGAAAAUUAAAUUCUAAAUUUAAAUUUUGUGUAGGGGAGGGGGAUGAGGGUGUCCGACAUAUACCACAUUGUUUGAUUUGCACAGAUUCUGGCAAAAAGCAUACAAAUGUCUCUGUGCCACCUGAUUUAAUAUCGUUUGUUAUAUAUGCCCCAAUGUUGAUUUCUCUGAUUAAUAUAUACUUUAUCAAUUUUUGGUUUGUUGCCAUUUUUUUUAUCUAGUCUCAUGUUAUAUCAUUGAAGUGCAUAACUUUUUAAAAUAGGAAAAUGGUUCCGGGAUAAGUGCCAUUUUGAAUGUUUUUUAAGCGUGCCUGUAGGCUUACAUUUAACGAUAGUUAAUAUAAGUAUACAAUACAAUUAUCACAAAAGCUGUUCGUUUUAUGAAUAAUACUACGAGAUGAAAUCAUUUCUCAGUAAAAGAUACAUUAUUAUCUGAAUUUAGUGCGUUUUUACAUGAGAUAUUAUUGUUUUGGGGGCCAUUCUCUACAAGCAGUUUGCUUUUUUAUGGUCCUAGUCAUAUUUUUCACCAUUUAUUACAUAAUUAUGUACACUAUAUGAUUUGUAUAUACAUAUUUUUAUGGUUGAAUAAAUUGAAUUGAAUAUUCAAGCAGG